GGGAGUUCUUAGCGGCUCGGCCAAUCGAAAUGCAGCUGGUUUUCAGUUUAAAUCCAGGCGGUUGAAAGAGAGAAACGGAAGAACAGCAACAGAUACAAAAGCACAAUAAUCGUCAUGCAGAAUAAAGAGAACAGGGAACCCAGAGCCUUCCAAACACAGGUUGCUACUGUUGGUCCUCUCAGGGUCGGCAUGAAUCCAGACACACACACUCUUACAGGUCCUGGGAGAGUUCCCGUGAAGUCAAACACAAAGAAGUUCACCAUCAAAGACUUUGACAUCGGCCGUCCGCUCGGGAAGGGGAAGUUUGGUAACGUGUAUCUGGCGCGCGAGCGGAAGCUGAAGGUGAUCGUGGCUCUGAAGGUGCUCUUUAAGUCUCAGAUGGAGAAGGAAGGCGUGGAGCAUCAGCUGCGGAGAGAGAUCGAGAUCCAGUCUCACCUCAGGCAUCCAAACAUCCUGCGCUUCUACAACUAUUUCCAGGACGACACGCGUGUGUUUCUGGUUCUGGAGUUCGCUCCCCGGGGAGAGAUGUACAAAGAGCUGCAGCGCUGCGGACGCUUCGACGAUCAGCGCACCGCCACCUACAUGGAGGAGCUGGCUGACGCUCUUCAGUACUGCCACGAGAAGAAGGUGAUCCACAGAGACAUCAAACCUGAAAACCUUCUGCUGGGUUUCAGAGGAGAGCUCAAGAUCGCAGACUUCGGCUGGUCUGUCCACGCACCGUCUCUCAGACGGAGGACCAUGUGUGGGACUCUGGACUAUCUGCCGCCGGAGAUGAUCGAGGGUCACACUCACGAUGAGAAGGUGGAUCUGUGGUGCAUCGGUGUGCUGUGCUACGAGUGUCUGGUGGGAAACCCUCCGUUCGAGACCGCCAGCCAAACAGAGACAUACAAGCGCAUCACUAAGGUGGAUCUGCAGUUUCCCAAGCUGGUUUCUGACGGCGCUCGGGAUCUGAUCUCCAAGCUGCUGCGUCACAGUCCAGCCAUGCGUCUGCCGCUCCGCAGCGUGAUGGAGCACCCCUGGGUCAAAGCCAACUCCCGCCGGGUGCUGCCACCCGUCUGCAACCCGCAUCACUGACCUCAAGGACCCGUUUGAGACCUGCUGUGAGCGCUGAAUGCCACCCGAUCGAGGGCCGGAUUCACCCGGUCUGUGUAUAUAUAUAUAUAUAUUAGGCAACAUUUAAUUGGUUAUAAGCUUAUUAAACUGUGACCGUUAAUGAGCCGAGAUGUAAACAAACUCUGAAUUCUGUCUUGUUUAGCUGUAGUUCUGCUGUUCUGUUCAUAUCCGUGUUUUCUUAUUCUGAAUCUCUCUGAUAUAAAAAUAAAAGCCUUCAGUAUGUUUGGUGUCUCAAAACUCAAG